CCCCCCUCCUCCGCCCGCUGCGCGCGCCGCCGCCGCCCCGCGCCCUUCCGGGGGCCGAGUGCAGCCGCCAAACCGCGCCGCCCCCCGCAGGGCGCAGUCAUGUUUUAGUGAAAAUAAGCAUAGAGCUGCAUCAUCAUUCUCUGGUUGGGCAGUUUUCUGUGAUGUGUGUGGAAGACCAGCAGAAUUUGUCUGCUAUGUUCCUCAACUUUGAGAUCGGUGUGAUGUUUUACCCAAUGGUUAGCUUCGACAGAGGAUUUCUGAAAAUAAAGAGAGAUCCUUGGUUAUUUACCUAAAUUAGGUGAUGGAAACAUCUGCUAAAAAAACCUCACUGUAGGUCUUUGGUAUUCGUAUCUCUGUGAAAGACUCUAAGAUGUUCCAUGAAAACACAUCAGUUGAUUGCUUAAAUUUAAUAACUACAUCUGCUGAAGAUGAUGCUUUCCAAAAAAAAGGCCAUAGUGCAAGGAUCCUUAGCCCAGAAGAAGCUGAGAGACUGGCAAAAAAUACCAUUUUGGUGACUGAUUUCAAACAGCUAAAGCUAGAGAAAGAGGCACAGAAGAACUGGGAUCUAUUUUACAAAAGAAACAGCACCAACUUCUUCAAAGACAGACAUUGGACAACCAGAGAGUUUCAAGAAUUAAAGGCAUGUCGGGAGUUUGAGGAUCAGAAGCUGACCAUUCUAGAAGCAGGCUGUGGGGUUGGGAACUGCUUGUUUCCACUCCUAGAAGAGGAUCUGAAUAUUUUUGCAUAUGCUUGUGAUUUCUCUCCUAGAGCUGUUGAGUACGUGAAGAAAAAUUCCUUAUACAGUACUGAAAGAUGUAAAGUGUUCCAGUGUGAUCUUACUAAAGAUGAUCUUACAGAAAAUAUACCAGCAGAUUCUGUGGAUGUUGUCACACUUAUAUUUGUGCUCUCUGCCAUUCAUCCUGACAAAAUGCACCUUGUCUUGAAGAAUAUUUACAAGGUAUUAAAACCAGGCAAGUGUGUCUUGUUCAGAGACUAUGGGCUGUAUGACCAUGCAAUGCUAAGGUUUAAAUCUGGCAGCAAGCUUGGAGAAAACUUUUAUGUUAGACAAGAUGGGACAAGAUCAUAUUUUUUUGCUGAAGAGUUCUUAUCUCAGCUCUUUAAGACUGAGGGAUAUGAGCAAGUGGUCAAUGAAUAUGUGCAGCGAGAAACUGUGAAUAGGAAAGAAGGUUUGUGUGUUCCAAGAGUGUUUCUUCAAAGCAAAUUUCGGAAGCCUUUUGCUAAAGCAGACAUUCUUGCUGACUAGCAAUAACACUGCUUGUUUAAAAUGGAAGCUGACAUGUUGUUUUACCCUGGCUGUGCUCUUCUGUAUUUGGUAAACUGGAAAUGGCUGCAUCUAGUACCUCUUAUUGGUUUUCAUCCUCAGAUAUGAAAUAUUUAUGUUAAUUCAAUUUUAAGAUGGUUUCGUGAGGCAGGCAACCUAUUGAGUGUCUAUAUUCCUAUUCUUAAAGUAAAUCUUGGACAGCACUGUUGGAGGAUCAGGUAAGGCAGACUAAAUAUGGUUAAUUUUAAGCACUGUUUUUUAACUUGCUACUGGCAUAAUUAUUGUUUUCAUUUUUAUUAAAAACUAUUUAAAAUAUA